ACCCUGAAAAAUUGAUUAGACAACCAGAAACAAGGGGCAAAAACAAGAGACUCUGAGAAGGGUUGAUGCCGUUGCCUUCUUAGGGAUUUGAACGAUUCAACUACGUUUGGAUUUUUCGUCGCUUUUUCCGAUCCCAAUCAUCACCAAAAGGGGAAAAAUAAAACUUGAAAAUGGAGGACAUGGACAUUGAUUCAGUAGGGGACAUACCUGACACUCCUGAUAGGUCAUCUUCACGACGAAUGAAUGGAGGGGAUUCUGUUGACAAAGAAAGCAAGCUAUCAGUAGCUGGUCAUGUAGGAGGUUCUAAUACUGCAGGUGAAGGAUCUUUGGAUAGGCUAAGGGACAGAGGCAGGCUGGUUGGCGAAAAUGGGCACAACAGAAAACAUUAUAUACACCCUCGAAAACUUUCAGUAAGUGUUGAUGAAAUUGAGCGACAGAAAAACACCAUUGUCUUAUCCCCACUAGAGAAUGCUCAAGAAAAUGCUCCUUUAUUUAGGAAAACCACAAUGGAGAGAAGCAGGAAUGCUGUUGGAGAGCAAUACAUGGAUAAAGGGAAAGCUCCUUGCUCUAAGUUGCCUUCUAAAUCAUCUGGAUUCCGAGAAGACCAUGCUAUUCUAGAUUUGACCAAGCAGAACAUGCACAGCCAAAUACCUGAAAUGGCAUUUCCACAAGGUGGAUCAAAAAAUCGCUUAGCUGAAGGAAGAAAAGAAGUUCAGCUACCAAGAAAUGGUGGUUCUUACUUAUUUAACUCUUCAAGCAAUUCUGCAACAUCCAGAAAUAACUCCAAGGGAAAGGAAAAAAUAGAUGACAUUGGAUUUAGAACUGUAGGUUCAGUUAUUGGUCGUGGAAAAGGAGUGGGUCUCUCUCAUGGUUCCCCACUUGGGAUGGAAAAACAGUUGCCUGCAUCUCACCAUUCUGUUGUCUCACCAAGAGCAGUUUGGAAAAAAAGAUUGGUUCGAAAUGGCUGCAUCUCCCCCCAGAAUAUAGCUAAACAAUUAAAUGAACAAUCCCAAAACAGCUUUAAAUCUGAACAAGAUUUUGGGAAUGUAGUUAGCAAUGGUCCUUGUAUGAUAGACAUUAGCGAGAUAAUUGCUGAAGAUAAUAAUUAUGGUAAAGGAAAAGGAGCUCUACAUCCUCACACAUCUAAGGAGCAUGAUAUCAAUUUAUCUGGCAGUCCUAUGAGUAAUAAUGGAGAAGCUACUCGUAUUAGUGAUUCAAAUAGAGAUGUAUGUUUUGAAGAAAAAGGUGAUUGGAGAAGCACACGUAACCCUUCAAAGAAUUUAGAUUAUGCAGCUGGCCAUCAUUUCUACAGAUUUAAUAAUGUUGGAUGCCAAGUGAAUCAACAAAAUGAAAAUAGAGUUGUGAGAGAUAAUGCUCGUGGAGGAAACAACAGGAUUCUAUGUGAUUUUCCCAAAAAUCAUGAUGCAACCGAAACAACUCCUGUGAUCUUCUCAAGAUUGAACCAAAUUAGUGAACCUUCUCACGCAAGAAACAUGCUGUCUAAAAGGCAAAUGAAAAAUGUAUUAACCUCAAGAAAUAGUGGUGAAAGUUCCAGGGUCAUUCCAAUUGACUCAGACAUUGUGUUUCUUGGUUCAUCUAGGGAAUCAUCUAGUUCAAGGUCAUCCAGAAUUUGUACUGUGCAACAGCUUGAUGUUUUGGAUCUUGACGAGUCAUCUGAAAUGAGAAGCACAAAUGCCAAUCAUAUGGGCUGUGUGAAUGAUGAGGACUCAAAGGCUAGGGCAAGACAAGUUGAAGCAGAUGAAAUGUUGGCCCGUGAACUCCAAGAACAAUUAUACCAUGAGGUCCCAAUAUUUAGCAAUGGCGAGAUUGAAGAAAACAUUGCAUGGGUACUUCAGCUGGAGGAAGAUGAACUCCGUCCUACUGCUAUUCAGAGUCUCCACGAGCCAGAUCAUAGAGGCUCAACAAGGCGGUCUCGUGUUCAGCCUUCAUCACAGACUUUUCAGAAUUCUUCGAAUAGGAGAGGAGUACAGGCUCAUUUCUCUACUUCUGCUAGAGUAUCACGGUCAAGGAGUGGAGUUUUGAAUCAACCUCGAAUAACACCAUCUAGGACUAGGAAUUUUCGGUUUCCUCUGGAUAUGAGACUUGAUAUAUUGGAAGCCAUGGAGGCUGCAAUUGGAGAUGCUGACGACAUGGGAAUGGCCAGUCACAUCUUCCAAGUUCAACGUGAAUUUAAUGAAAACGAUUAUGAAAUGCUGUUGGCCCUUGAUGAUAACAAUCAUCAUCAUGGUGGUGCAUCUAUUACUCAGAUUAACAGUUUACCACUGUCCAAAGUACAGACCGAUAAGUUUGAAGAACCUUGUGCUAUUUGUCUUGAAACCCCUGCUAUUGGAGAGACCAUUCGCCAUCUUCCUUGUCUACAUAAAUUUCACAAGGAUUGUAUUGAUCCAUGGCUCAGCCAGAAGACGUUAUGCCCAGUUUGCAAGUCAUCUAUAACUUGAAUGGAAGUGUUCCGGUGCAUUAGUCAUUACGCAUGAUAGUAAAAUGACUUAAGCAAACAUUAUCAGGAAUAGAUUUGACAUAUAAUGAACCAAGCGCUAUCACACAACGAGGGGAAUGGAUCUGAAAGCUUGAUGAGGGAAUAAAGUCCCUCCUUGUCACGAGUAGAGCAGACAAUCCUUUAAAAUGUUAAAUCUUGUCAGUGUAAGCUAUGGGGAAGAAUUACUUUCUAGAAAGUAAGGGCUUGGAAUUCAGCAUAUGAACGAUCCUGUUAUUUUGUUGAAAGCAGUUGGUAUUGUUGGAAAAUGGUGAACAGUCCAGCCUAAUUAAUUUUCACCAUUCUUCCCCUAUCAUAGGUGUAACGACAGCCGUUUGCGUUUGAAUCGUUCGUGUUGCUUCA